AUGUUAGCUAGUGAUUGCAGCAAGCGCUUCACACGGCUAAACCGAUUCUGGAGUUGCAGAGAACUCACGCACCACCCCGACUCCAGCAUACGACGCUACGAUUUUGUGAGCACUGGAGUCCCAAGGCUUGAUCUCCUCCACUUUGGCCCGCUCUCCCCACCCUGGCUCGCACAUCUGACAGAAAUUUAUUUGUACCUCCACCAAAAUCCCCUACUGUAUUUCUGGUUCAGUGUGGGAAUGGCCUUUGGCGUGAUCUCCAUGUUCAUCUCAAUAUUGCUGCUCGCCAAAACGCUCUCUCAGACCUUGGCACUGAUGGCAGCAGAAAGCCCUACGCCUGAGAAUGAGCGCAUUCUACAAGUAGUGGUGCCCGGUGUGAACCUGCCAAUCAGUCAGGUGGUCUAUUUCUUUGCUGCCAUUUUGAUCAGUGGUGUCAUCCAUGAGAUAGGUCAUGGCGUGGCUGCAGUCAGGGAGCAAGUGAGAUUUAAUGGGUUUGGAGUGUUCAUUUUUGUGGUCUAUCCCGGGGCCUUUGUUGACCUCUACACGAAUCAUUUGCAGUUGAUAUCCCCGAUCCAACAACUCCGAGUGUUCUGUGCAGGUGUGUGGCACAACUUCAUCCUGGCACUGAUGGCUUUGCUGAUCCUGUACUCAUUGCCAAUCUUCCUGUUCCCACUGUACUACACAGGGGUUGGGGCACUGGUCACCAACGUCGCAGAGAAUUCCCCAGCCAGUGGACCCCGAGGACUGUCGGUCGGUGACCUUGUAAAAUAUGUGGAAAACUGCUCUGUUUACAGUGUGGAGGAUUGGCACCAGUGCAUUGAAGACAUCUCUGUGAAACCGCAGACUGGAUACUGCAUCAGUGAGGGAACCAUGCAGCAGCUGAGCUCUGUGGGCCGAGCGUACAGGAGGCUCGAUGGGACCACAGAAUGUUGUAGCAAUAACAGCCUGGUGGACAUCUGCUUCUCUUACCGUGGGAACCUGCAAAUCCCUCAGUAUGCUUGCCUUGCCGCCAGAAAGGCCAUUGAAUCGAGCCGGGUGUGUCAGACAAACACGGACUGUCUGAAGGAGUUGGCGCCCAGCCUCUGUGUGAAGCCCUCUCUCGAAAAUCAAACCAGGCUGAUCAGAGUCAAACACUUGUCUCCCAUGGCCAUGCUGUUUGUAGGACACCCUGUUCAUCUUCAAUAUGCAGUCAGUCUCACCAACUACAUGCCGCGGUUUGGAUUUCUUCACCUGGACAUCCCUGUGGUCAUUGAAACGUUUUGCAAAUAUCUGCUUUCCCUGUCUGGAGCCCUGGCUGUCAUCAACGCUGUGCCUUGUUUUGCCCUGGAUGGACAGUGGAUGCUGAGUUCUUUUCUGGAAGCCACGCUAAGUUCACUGGUUGUGGAAAAGCACAACCGAGAGCUCAUUGCCUUUUUUAUCUUGCUGUUUGGCAGUGCUCUCCUGGCUUCUAACGUGGUCCUGGGACUCUGGAUGGUCACCACAAGGUAGUGCGUCUGGCCUGUCCUGGAUGAGCUCUCACUGAAUGAGGGGUACUUCUCAUCGUUGCCUUGUUGGCACCCCUACCUGUCAUCUGAGUGAACCCUGGCGAUAUCGCCGAACACUGUCCAAGAUUUUAACAAAACCCUGGGCUGUGCCCACAAGACUUUGCACUCCCUGUUCCUCCAGGUGAGGUUCCUCACUAGGACAGCACAGUUGGAAAACCUGCUGUGUAUCGCUGUCAUGCAGUGCUGUGCAUUGUGUAAUAUUGUGUUAUUUAAUUCCAAGCAGCGAUGGGAUUGAAGUUUGAUGGCUCUUACUGCCUUUUUAGACAGAUUUGUAAAUGUGAAAUCUCCUGUUGAAUGGCAGUGAGCACCACGAUGGUCUCCUGCCCGAAACGUUGAUUCCCCUGCUCCUCGGAUGCUGCCUGACCCGCGGUGCUUUUCUAGCACCACGCUCUCUCGACUCUGAUCUCCAGCGUCUGCAGUCCUCACUUUCUCCUAGUGAGCACCAGGUGCAGGGUUUGGUGCCCAGGAUCAUUAAAAAGUACUUGAUUUUGAAUGUGCAGCAGCCAGAGGAGCAGAAUGUCAGUCUGACAAAGGGGAACAGUCUGGUUUAAAAGUAGAAUUGAAGGCAACAAGGUGUUAAACACAACCAGUAAAUGUUGGAAUUACAACAGUCCAUGUAUCCAUGAGGACAUUGGUUGAUCCUCGGAUCUGACCACUUUCCUCUCCACAGACACUGUGUGUUUCCAAGCUGUUUGGAUUCUAUUUCCACCAAUCAUUGUGAACAUAUUUUGCAUUAGAACAUUACGAAUGCAAUCGUAUGCCGUUAUGUGGUUUUGGCCAAUCUAUAAAUUAUUUAAUAUGUGCUGUUCGACUCUGAAGUAAAUGUGGUGCCGAGCUGCUGACGCUCAACAGACGCCGACAGAAAGUA